UGCCACACCAAAUGAUCGCGUAAAGGUAAAUUGAAACGUCGAAUAAAGUGAUAAUUUUUUCACUACAUUUCAAUACUCAAUCGUUACUUGGACUGGAAACAUGGACGUUACAGGUAUAAAGUUUAUCUUAGUUCUAGGACUUGUAGGAAUUGCUCAUGGGAAAGCUAUCGCAGAUGGCUUAUCAUCUUCUCAACAAACACUUUAUAGAAGAAAUCCCGAAAGUUUAUCUGUUCAGAGUCAAGGAUAUGGAGGCGCUACUCCAGAUGGGCAAGGAGUUGGAGCAGCCACAACUUCUCUAAAUUAUGGUAGUGGUAACAAUGGUUUUAGUCCAGGGAACGGAUUCAAUGUUCAAACAAAUGCCUUUGGAGCUGGUGGAAAUAAUGGUGGUGGCUUUGCAACCACUGGACUUGAAUUUAACAACGGUGUUAAUCCUAAUUACGGAGGACUCAAUGUUAAAACUCAAGCAGUAGGAGCUGGUGGUGGUGGUGGAGAUGGAACAAACAGCGGUAGCAUGGCCACGACUGGGCUACAAUUCAAUAGUGGCAAUGGAAACAAUAACUAUCCUACAGGAUUAAACGUUCAAAGUCAAGCAGUAGGAGCUGGUGGUGGUGGAGAUGGAACGCACAGCGGUAGCAUGGCCACUACUGGGCUACAAUUCAAUAGUGGUAACGGUAACAAUAACUAUCCUACAGGAUUAAACGUUCAAAGUCAAGCAGUAGGAGCUGGUGGUAGCGGAGAUGGAACGCAUGGCGGUAGCAUGGCCACUACUGGGUUACAAUUCAAUAGUGGUAACGGUAACAAUAACUACCCUACAGGAUUAAACGUUCAAAGUCAAGCAGUAGGAGCUGGUGGUGAUGGAUGUGAUGGAACAAACAGCGGUAGCAUGGCCACUACUGGGCUGCAGUUCAAUGGAGGUAACAAUCCUAAUGGUGGACUCAAUGUUCAGAGUACUGCUACUGGAGCUGGUAGUGGACCAGGUAGUGGAGCAAUGACUUCAACAUCAUUGAACUACAAUGAUGGUGAUACUUGUGAUGGUUCUAAUCCUGGACUAAAUGUUCAAAGUACUGCUGCUGGAGUUGGCAGUGGCCCAGGCAGUGGAGGAAUGGCCACCACUGGUGUACAGUUCAACUCUGGUAAUGGCAAUCUUCAUGGUAACAACGGACUUGAUGUUAAAAGCACUGCAGUUGGAGGUGGAAAUGGAAAUGGUGGUGGAGCAAUGACUUCAACAUCAUUGAACUACAAUAAUGGUGACACUUGUGAUGGUUCUAACCCUAAUACUGGAUUAAAUGUUCAAAGUACUGCUGUAGGAGGUGGCAAUGGAGGAAUGGCAACUACAGGUCUACAAUUCAAUAAUAAUAAUCCUAAUCCCCAACAACCACCUACUCCAGUACUUCCUCCGCCUCAAACAGUUGUACAACCACCUCCCCCAGAACCUCAGCGACUUCCACCUGCAGUUAAUGUUCAUACAGAUUCGGAUUCCGACGCUAAUGUCAGCACUGUACAACCACCUCCAACUCCGCAACAACCACAACCUCCUCCAUCAGUUAAUGUUCAUACUGAUUCGGAUUCUGACGCCAAAGUCAGCACUGUACAACCACCUCCAACUCCUCAACAACCACAACCUCCCCCAUCAGUAUCAGUUGACACUGAUUCCAAUUCUGAAGCAAAUGUGCAAACUAAUCCAAGUCCGAAUCCAAGCCCAUGUCCAGAUUCAUACUUGGUACCUCCACAAACCCAUGGCCCAGCACCCACCACCCAAGUAAAUACACAUUCUGAUUCAGAUGCCAAUGUGACCAAUAACAAUGGACCAUCACAUGAUACCACUCAAGUAAACACACACUCCGAUUCAGAUGCCAAUGUGACCAACAAUGGCCCAACACCUGAUGCUACCCAAGUAAACGCGCAUUCUGAUUCUGAUGCCAAUGCACACGUUGACCAAAAUGGUGGCAACAGCAAAACAACAGUUGAUACAAAUUCCAAUUCCAAUACCAAUGUGAAUGUGGCACCUGAUAAUUCGAAACCUACUAAUGUCUCAGCGCAAUCAGAUUCUAACAGUGAUGCCCAUGUUCAAACUAAUGAUACACCUGGCAAAAAUACAAACGUCAAUGUGAGUUCAGAUUCUGAUAGUAAAGUUGAUGUGAACUCAGGCAAUAAUGGUGGUAACAAUGUAAAGGCAGAUGCUCACUCUGAUGCUGAUGCUAAUGUAAAAACUAAUAACAGUCCUGACAACACUAAUGUUAAUGUGAAUACACAUUCUGAUUCUGAUGCCAAUGUAAAAACCAAUAAUGGUCCUGACAAUGCUAAUGUGAAUGCUCACGCUGAUGCUAAUGCCCAUGCGGAUGCCAAUGCUAAUGCCAAUGGAAAUGGAAAUGGAAAUGGACAAGGAAACCAAAAUUGUGGUUCUGGUGGAAAAGGAAAAUGUCCGGCAAUUGUUGGAACAUUCUGUCGUUACAAUGUUGGAGCAGUACAAAAACCAGACCAAUACCUCCUGCCACCUGAAAAAAUCGAUUUGGAAAUUUGCGAUUACAUUGCCGUCGAAUUCGCAUUUUUGGACAAAGAUAAAUUGGUGAUUAAACCCACAAAUGGUGACUGCGAUUAUGACCUCUACAAAAAAGUCGGUGCCUUGAAAAAAACCACAUUUUUGACCAUCGGCAGCUACGUAGAUUCGGGCGAAUCUAAAAAAUACCUGACACUUUUCAAAAAUGAAGACGCUACUCAGAACUUCAUUCAAGACACGAUAAAAAAUCUCAAAGAGUGGGGCUUCGAUGGAUUAGAAUUAUGCUACAUUUGGCCCGGUGCUGUACAAGCUGAUCUCAGCAAAGGAACCGACGACGAGAAAGUAAUUUAUUUAGAAUUCGUGAAAAAGGUUUACAACGCGUUUAACCAAGCCGGUUUAUUCUUAAUCGUCGACAUUCCUUGGCAAAAAGAUAUAAUUGACAAAGGCUUUGAUCUACGAACGCUGCAAAAUAACGUCGAUGCUUUGGUCAUGUUGACUUACGAUUUCGGCGGUUCCUGGAUGGGAAAAGCUGGCAUAUUCGAGAAUUUAAAACCAACCGGUUGCGAAUCUGAUAAUAGAUCUAUUGAUACCAGCGUACAAUACGUCUUGAAAUUAGGAGUGCAACCUUGCAAAUUACUCAUUACUUUGGGCACCAUUGCUCGUACCUUCACGUUGAACGAUGAAAAUCAAAAAUGUGUCGGAGCCCAAAUUUCCAAAGGUGGUCCGGGUGGUCCUGAAUUGAACGCUGAAGGAGCACUUAACUAUAUCGAGGCUUGUGUCGCCCAGAACUCAAAUUGGGCCCAACCGAACGUCGUCAGCUCAUACUUAGAUGUAACAGAAGCAUCAGAAAUUGCAUUAUACGCCAGGAACAAUAAACUGGCUGGAGUAUGUAUCGAAGCUGUAGACGGAGACGAUUCGAAUCAACUUUGUAAAUGCGGAGCUUCGUUCCCUCUAACUAGAACAGUUCACGAAAUUUGGAACGGUGCUGAUAAAUGCUCAAUCGGCAAAGAUUGCCUCGAUGCCAAUAAACUAAAUAAAUUAGCCCCAAAAUGUUGUUAAUUUUCAAACAAUAAAUAUAGCAUGAACCUAUCUACUUGUACCUACCUACCUACCUACCUAUCUUUAAUAAUAUUGUACCUAAAUGAGUAAAUUUUACCCGUAUA